AUGGUGGACGUGCUGGGCGGGCGGCCCCUGGUGACCCGCGAGGGCGCGGCGGUGGAGGCCGAGGCGGCUCUGCAGAACAAGGUGGUGGCGCUGUACUUCGCGGCGGGCCGCUGCGCCCCGUCCCGCGACUUCACGCCGCUGCUGUGCGCCUUCUACACGCAGCUCGUGGGCGAGCGGCGGCCCCCCGCGCCCUUCGAGGUGGUGUUCGUGUCGGCCGACGGCAGCGCCCGGGAGAUGCGGGACUUCAUGCGGGAGCUGCACGGCGCCUGGCUGGCGCUGCCUUUCCACGACCCCUACCGCCAUGAGCUGAGGACCAAGUACAGGAUCACCAUCACCCCCAAACUGGUGGUGGUGAAGCCGAGUGGAGAGGUCAUCACCGACAAGGGCCGCAAACAGAUCCGAGAGCGAGGCCUCGCCUGCUUCCAAACCUGGGUAGAGGCAGCCGACAUCUUUCAGAAUUUCUCUGCUUGA